AUGGCAAAUCUUCUAGCCAAAAAGCACCAACAGCCUACAACUGGUAUCCUCCAACCAAUAUACAUAACCCAAGCUUUGUUAUUUAAUGGAAAGAUCAAUAUAUCGAAAAAUCAAGAAGGCAAUUCACCAAAGAAAUUCGCAGAGCAUAUACAGUUGCAUUAUGGUCCUCACAAAAAUAUAAUACAGAAUGGGAGAACUAUACCCAAUCAAUCGACUGGAACUUCAC